GGAAACUUCAAACCAGGGCGGGGCGGUGGUGCUAAGCGGUGUGAAACAGGGGUGUGUGUGUCAGCUUUAAGUACCGCGCAGGACAUUCCAGGACACCCUUAAAAUUCUGAUCCACGAACGCGAAUGCGCAUUAAGACGAAAAGUUUCCAAAAGUUCUCACAGGCUGAGAGAUAGCUACUCACGACGACAUCCAGGUCUCAUCGUUGAUCCAAAGAAGAAUCCAUACAGAGAAAAAUGCCAGGUGAGCGGUUAACAGUAAGAACUACAUCAGAGAUUGGGCGAUUCCCCGGAGCAGCCCCACCCACAAGGGUGGAGCUGACCAUCCAGAAUGAGGGUGAGAAGAAGCGUGAGGAGGGGGGCUGUCUAUGGUGGCUCAGAAAGAUGUGCCCGUGCUGCUGUAAGCACCCAAACGCCACCUCAUAUGAUGUCACAGAUAAGGUGGAAUUCACCAAACUCCCAACCCCUGCCGCCAUCGUAGAUCCCCCCAAGCCGAAGCCCGAGAACGGAGAGGCAAAGGAAACAGAUGAAGGGAAGCUGUCAGUGUGUUCGGUGGACCUAUUGAGUUCCAAGGCAGGUCAGAACAGACAGGAGCAUCACACUGACCUGUAUCACGGGGAUGAGCUGAUCCUUCGCAGAGGCCAGACCUUCCAGAUAGAGGUUGAGCUCAACAGGCCCUUCAGUACUGACACUGACAAGCUGUACCUGGAGCUGAAAACAGGUUCCCUGCCCUUGGUAUCCAAAGGGACCCAUGUCAUCAUUCUGCUGGUGAAGCACCUGGAAGAUGAACGCUGGGAGGCCAAAAUUGUAGAGCAGAACGGCAAUAAGAUCAAGCUGUCCAUCAACUCUCCAGCCAACGCUGUGAUCGGCCUUUACGAGCUCACUGUGACAACUUCUUCGCUCAAAGGCGACGCCACAACUACUUACACCUCCAGCAAGAACAUCGUCAUGCUCUUCAACCCUUGGUGUGAAGAGGACAGUGUGUUCCUGGAUAACGAGGAGGAGAGGAAGGAGUAUGUGCUGAAUGACACUGGGAGGAUUUACUACGGAACGGAGAAACAAAUCGGUGCUCGCACGUGGAAUUUCGGACAGUUUCAUGAGGGAAUCCUGGAAGCAUGUCUGUUUAUCAUGGAGAAGAGUGAAAUGCCGCCAUCUGGUCGAGGGGAUCCGGUCAACGUGGUCAGGGUCAUAUCUGCCAUGAUAAAUGCUCAGGAUGACUACGGUGUUCUAGUUGGAAACUGGUCAGGUGAUUACUCUGAUGGAGUCUCACCUACGGCGUGGAGCAGCAGCGUGGAGAUCCUGAGGAAAUACCACUCGACCAAUGGAACGCCUGUGUCAUAUGGACAGUGCUGGGUCUUCUCUGGGAUCACUACAACAGUGCUGCGCUGCCUUGGCAUUCCUUCCCGCAGUGUGACCAACUUCCAGUCAGCACAUGAUACCGACGUAUCCCUUACUACAGAUGUAUACCUUAAUGAGAAUUUGGAGCCAAUUGACUAUCUCAAUAGAGACUCUGUUUGGAAUUUCCACGUAUGGAAUGACUGCUGGAUGGCCAGACCAGACUUACCUCCAGGUAAUGGAGGCUGGCAGGCCGUAGACGCCACUCCCCAGGAAACUAGCCAGGGCACCUUCCGCUGUGGCCCUGCUUCUGUGAACGCCAUCCGCUCUGGCCAUGUCUACCUUAAACAUGACACGCCGUUUGUCUUUGCUGAGGUCAACAGUGACAAAAUUUACUGGCAGAGAAACCUGGACGGCACAUUUAAACAGAUCUACAGUGAAAAGAAAGCUGUCGGCCACUGCAUCAGCACCAAAGCGGUGGGCUCUGAUAAGCGGGCAGAUAUCACAUCCUUGUACAAACAUGAAGAAGAUUCAGAAGAAGAACGCAUUGCAGUAGAGACUGCAAGUCGCUAUGGCAGCAAGCCAGAUGUCUAUUCCACACCAGUGGCAGAAGAUGUGUCAGUGGAGGUAAAGGUGGAUGGCGAGGGACCCAGGGUGGGUGCUGAUGCCCAGUUGAAAAUUCUGGUGAAGAAUCUAAGCUCACAGCCCCGCCAGGCAACAAUCCACAGCCAGGUGGCUGUCAUGUACUACACUGGAGUGCUGAAGGGCACCAUCAAGAAGGAGCAGAUGCCUGUGGAGCUUUCGCCUAAUGAAGAGAAAACCAUUGACUGGGUCCUGCCCUACCAACAAUACCAGAGCCAGCUGGUGGAUCAAGCAGCCUUCAUGCUAACCCUGUGUGGAAGAGUCACUGAAACGAAGCAAGUGCUAGCUAACCAGACAACUUUCAGGCUUCGCACACCUGACAUCACCAUCACACCUAUUGGAGACGCCGUUGUUGGUAAAGAGAUGGCUGCCAAGAUUACUUUCACCAACCCCCUGCCAUCUACACUGAAGGGAGUGGUGUUCAGAGUGGAGGGCCUGGGCCUUCAGGAGGGCCAUGAGGUGGUCGUGGGUGACGUCGGUGCCCACUCCAAAGUGACGCUAACAGAGCACUUCAUCCCCUCCCAACCUGGACCCAGGAAGCUGGUGGCGUCCCUCGACUGUGAACAGCUUUCACAAGUGCAUGGAGUGGCUGACAUUGUUGUUCUUGAACAAUGAAAGGCACCACAAUGAUCAGCUUCUCGCACAACACUUAUUUCUUAUAAAAUAUCAACUGACAAUGCCUCAUCAUAUUAAGUGUGCUAAGUUCCCGUAUCUUGAGCUAUACUGUUUGUUUUUUUAUUGCAGAAAAUGUUUAAUUUUUGAUAUUCAUAAAACUAUUAAUAGAUGAUUUACUGUAGCAUUAUCAGUAUUACUACUAUUUUUACAUUUUAAAUAACAGAAAUUCACACUUGUGUCUUGCUGUGGAAGAAUUGUAAUAGACGUGUGACAAGGUGCUUUUUGACUAACAAGGGUUUGUAUCCUUAGACUUCUAAAACAAGUCCAUUUGAAGACACUGAACAAAACCUGUGAAGGUGCAGAAAGUCAGGCAACAUUGAGCUAAUGUAAAUAUUAUAUAUGUUGCUAGUCAUAAUGUGAAAACCGUUGUCUGACAAAAUGAACCUCACAUGGCUUAUAUGAAGGGAGGGAACUGUGACGUGCUUGGAAAGGGAACGAUGCUGACUUUGGCAAAUGUAACGUUUAAAUGUACCAAUUCAGAAAACAGAAAAUGAUGUCGUCUGCAAGGACACAGAUUACCACUUAUUUCAACUGUCAAAUGAAAUGAAAAGUCCGCCUUUAUUAAAAACCCAAACCCCUCAAAUGUCUGCAUAUCCGAAACGAGACCAUUUAUCUACUUGGAAUGUUUUGGGUUUUCUAUCAUCUGUGCUGUGUCUUUAAUAAAAGUCACACUAAAAUGA